GCAACGUAUGCUCUCAGCGUUCGUUCAUGUUGCAUUCAGUUUUGGAAGCUAAACAAGUCUAUGUGCUCUAAAUCACACAUAUACAGUGUUAAUAAUGGCGCACAAGAAUACAGGUGUGGUUUUACCAAACCACUAGCAGAGGAGAAAUAUUAGUGGAACAUCGUAUCCGAUACCCCUGUAGUGUUGCAGACAUAUCAGAGGAGCCAACAGAUCAUUGUAGAUGUGAGCGUAUCUCUUGCUGGAUCGUUUGAGAAAUACUUUUUCACAGUAGGAGCCAUAACGUGUAAGAAUCAUUCACUUGUACACGAGGCCCAACAUCCAUUGCCGCUUCAUCUCCAUAACUCCAACAAGUUAUUAUGCGGCCGAUCAACCGUUCAGCAUUCGUGGGAUUUGCCAUGGGUUUCUUCCUUGGUCUUGUACCGUCCAUUUUAUUGGGCGGUUCGCGCAAUGAUCUCAGUCGCUGUGAAAUGAGGAAGAGUCUGCAGACAAAUCGCCCCGUGUGGCCUUCCCAUCAGAUUCCAUCACUGAGGAACUUUCAAGACGGAAGCAAGGAGGAGCCAGGGCCAAAGGUAGGCCAGCCCAUGUCACGAUCGUCACCCAGGAAAAUCCUGCUGGACUGCGGUGCUAACGUGGCCUCCACGGUCCUGCUGUUCAGAGAGACCUACCCCGGGGGAAGAGAUUUCACCAUCCACUCGUUCGAAAUUGACGACCGGCUGUCGCCGUACUUCAGCCCGUACGACAAACAUCAUCUACACUGCCCCGUUGGCGUAGCGGGCAAGGAUGGAAACAUGACAGCUUUUUCGGAGAUGGUUUGGGGACCCAAAAAGGGAAAGAAUCACGGCAAAGACAUGCAGUGGGGAGGAGGCUCACUCUUCGUAUCCCAAAGAGAACUGAAAGAUAAUGUAACAGGUGGUUCUCGAAAGCUGUCCUAUCGAAAGACAAUUCCGGUCGUCGACCUUUCAAAAUGGAUCAUCGACAACUUUUCAGUGGACGAUUACGUAAUCCUAAAACUAGACGUUGAGGGCGCCGAAUUCAACAUCCUACGGAAGAUGAUAGACGACAAAGCAUUUGCCUACAUCGACAAAUACUAUGGCGAAUAUCACGACGGUCAACCAACGGGCUGGUCGUCGAAGGGCAAGCAUCAGAUUCGCGUGGACAUCCAGAGAGCAGGCUUCACGAUGAUCAAAUGGAUCGGGGAGACAAGAACAUACGGUGAUAUCGGUCGAAUGAACCCGAUCAAGGUCCCAGCAGACACCCCUGGCAAACCUGGCGAGAUCUACUCGAGUUGUGAGAGCGGCUCAGUGGCCGUCACUGUCGCAGUCGGCAUGAACUUCAAGCGUGCACACCGGGUGGUGGCCACUCUAGCGGCCCACAAACCCCUGGUUCCCACCACGCUGUUUGUCUAUGGCGACUUCGUGCAGGUCUUCCCCGAGACGGUCAAGUCCUGGGCCCAGCACUUCAACAUCGCCAUACGGGAGGACGGCUACAAUCCUCCGGGUCACCUGGAGCUGAUGCCCGGUAACUGGGUCCGUAUGGGUCUGAUCAGCAGCAUCUUGCGUCUGGAGGAGAUUGGGAUCACGACUUCUUACUAUCUGCCGUCGGUGGUGAGGGAUAUUAUUCCCACAAUCAAAGCACAAGCUGCUGCAAGGGGGCUGAGGAUUAUUAAGCCCGUCGUAGAAUUUCCUGCCAAAAAUGGGUCUGUAGGGCAACUUACGGUGAACAACUACUACAGAAACCGUGACGUAGAGCGCGUGCCCAAGGCCCUGAGGUUGAUCCACGACGCGCUCGUCAAGAACGAAGGGGGUGUCCUAACCCUGGACACAGACUUACCAGACACCUAUAUGAACUCUGUUUUCAUGAUGGACUACCUGGUGGAAACCUCCGGCUUCAAGUUGGUGCCUUUGAACGAGUGCGUCGCUGGGUCACGAUAGUACAUCAUAAUGUGACAUCAGCAACGCCCUACUGAGCGGAGGGCAAGCAAAGGGUAUACACAGGGAAGCUAAGACUCAUUGUCUCUGACGUCACACUAGUGGGCAGGGCUUUGUUCCCUAUCCUCAGUGAUGGCGCAGCGUGCGUUGGUGCCUUUGAAUGAAUGCGUUGCCUAGUCAUGAUAACCCAUCAAAGUUCCGGAGUUUCUUUUUUUUUUUUACAUGGCGAAGAGGUUAAGGUAUUUAAUUGGGGAAAUGGUUAGAAAACGGUUCUGUAACACUCAGUUAUUUUUAUGUUAGACAUGUUUUUGCAAGCUUUUGUAGCAGGAGUGCAGUGGGCGGUAAUGCUAUAGUUAUUGUCCUGCUGUCGUUAAUAUUUUGUGUUUAAAAGUAUAAAAUAAUAUGUUUACUGUUGCCCAAUGCAAUGUCAUUGCAUGUUAAAAGCACACAUUAGUGUCACGUGGCCUUUAGUUUUUCUUGAACACGAAGCCUAUUCCUGUAUUGGUUGGUAUACCGUUGGUUGUGACUUUUACAGUUUCGUUGAUGUGUUUUAACAGUUUACUUUCGAGUUGUCAGUAUUUUUUUGUGAUUUCGCGGUUUUAUUUCAUUACACUUAUGAGACUUUGUGUGUGUGUGUGUGGUUUUUUUUUUCUCCACGGUUUUACAAAAUUAUUUCUUCGUAGUUAGAGUUUUACAUUGACCUUGUUUUCGUUUUAAUAUUAACAAUUUGAAAUUGUUACUUUUGGGUUUGAACACUUUAAAAUGCUUACUGGUUUUUAAGUUUGUGGCUUUGUGCGUCCCAGAUUUGUAUGUUUUGUAUGGGGUGACAGCCAGCCAUUAAAGAACCAUUGGUUAAAGGGAUGAUUGAAAAGUGAGCCUUUGUACUUUCACUGCCCAGAAAUCUUAUAGGAACGAUCAUGCCACAUGUCAUAUACACGUGAUCCCUACACAAUACACUGAAUCUAAUUUCAUCAAUGAACGAGUACUUGUUUGAUAACAUGAAUCAUAUAUAAUUAUAAGUUCAUAAUGGAAUAUAAUAUUAUACAUUGUGAUCGCGAGUCUUGAAAUUGUUGAUAUGAUUUUCUAUGGAAUGGUGACGAAUCAUACUUCCCUCCGUGCAACUCGAUGAUUGUAUUACCAAAAAAACUGACCUUUUAGUAUCAAUCGUAUUUUAAUCAUUAAGUCAUUUAAAGUGUGGGUUUUUUUCUAGGAAUUUAAAUGGGGAUCGUAUCUUAUUGUAUUUUGGUGGUACUUUCGUAUUAAUUGAUGUUUUGUUUGUAAUGGUUUUACAUUGUUUGUCAUCUUCAUUAUGCAUGUGCCGCC